UCAGUUUCAAGUGUGAUGUCAAAGGGAUAUAAGGGUAAGAUAUCAAAUUCUCUGGUAGAAUUAAAUGCCUGCAAGGUCCUCUUGAAAAAUCUCAUGUCCCCAACGUACAAGAAGUUGGCUUGGAUUUUCUAUGAGCCUGUUGAUCCGCAGACUUUGGGCUUAGAUGACUAUCUUGAGAUUGUAAAGGAACCCAUGGAUUUUGGCACCAUAAAACAACGUUUGGAUGCGGAUGAUUAUAAAGAUGCCAUGGAAUUUGCUAAAGAUGUGAGAUUAAUAUUUUUUAAUGCAUAUCUUUAUACAAAUUCAGAUCACGUGUGCUAUAAAAUGGCCAAAGAGUUGCAGUUAAUUUUUGAGAAAAUGUUUACCGAACUGUUGAACAAUUCUGCUGAACUAAUGGAAAUUGCUGAUAAGGAAGCGGUGAAGGUAGAGUCUGAUGCGAAUGACGACGUCGAUGAUGAUGAUGAUAAUGAUGAAGAAGACGGCGACGUCGACGAUGAUAAUGUUGAUGAUGAUGAUGAUGAUGAUGGAGGCGACGACGACGACGACGAUGACGACGAUGACGACGACGCUUCGGACAUAAGUUCCAUUGGUUCUUCAGUUGUAUUGCCUGAAGAAACAGAGGACAGGAAGUCAAUUCACUCAUUUGAUGACGAUGAAAUUCCUCUAACCGCUGAAGAGGACUUAGAUUUGCAUGCCAAGAUUGAGAAAUUGGAUGGCGAGCAUCUUCUAAAGGUCAUUCAUUUAAUCCGUCAAAUGGAGGGUACUAAAGCCACGAAUAAGGAGUUAGAAAUUGAUGUCCUUACUCUAAAGACCCGCACAAAGCGUGCCAUAGAGAACUUUAUGGCUAGCAAGAACAUAACAGGCAAACGGCGAACUUCCAUCAAAUAUCAGAAUUGAAAACAAAUAAAUUUAUAAAGAUAAAAAUGAGCAACAUAAAGAUAAUUAUAUUUUUCAUGGUAUCUCGA